AUGGGCAUUCGUUCACGCACACCCAAACACGCACGUCCACACCUUCUAUCGGAGCGCAGGUCAUUACUACGGCAGCUGUUCUUAGGCCCGCCUGUUACAAUGAACACUUACUUGGGUUGCGUGGCUGGCACCGACUCACGUGGCGGCGCCUCGAUGGCAGGCCGCCACUGGCCCUCUUCUCACCCCACCGCCCUUGCUGCCACUCUUGAUCGCAUCUCCUCCACCUCUAACGCCCCCUCCUCCAACACUCACAUGGGGUCAAAGAUGCACGGACGCACCAACAGUUUUGAUACAAUGCAGACAGUGGUGCUUACUCGGAGUCAGUUGGAUAAGCCUUGGGGCUUCCGGAUUCAAGGUGGCCAGGACUAUAACCUUCAACUCACGGUUAAAAAGGUAUGUGUGAUUUCAUUACGUUGCUAA